CGCCACUAGCGCCACGAAAUCUCCUGGCACGAAAUUAUUUUUGUUUUGAUUUGCGAUUUUGGGAAAUUUUGGUGAAAACCAGUCGAGCUUUACAGUCGAAGACUUGCGACAUUAGUUUUUUUAAUAUAAUGUCGAAUACUCAUUUAUUUUUGAUCCCAGCAAUCGUAAGCGCGCCUUUGAAAAACGGAGUUGGUCGAUAUGUUGGCCAGCUGCAGAGGGUCACACUAAAGUUCUGCAAAAACAGAGGAGACAGCAGAGGCGUUAGGGAUUUUAUUGAAAGAUAUUUGGUUGACUACGCGAAGAACAACCCUGGAGUGGUGGUUUAUGUCAAGCCAAGAAGACACCGGCCCCCGGUUUUGGUCUCCGAGUUUCUGAAUGGGGAGAGGCACGAGCUGAACUGCCGGGACUUUGAUGGUUUCCAAGUGGGCCAGUUUCUCAACUUGUAUACAAAAAUUUGUGGCCGGCAGGAAUCUCGUCUGACGAACAGCCUGUACACAAGCCAUCCUUCCAUUCAGGGUCCGUGGACACCUUGGACCAACAGAGACCCUGAGAUGGCCGUUGCAGACCUUAUGAAUGAUAAAAAGUGGAGGGAAAAGGCCAACUUGACUCCGACGGCCACCGAUCUUGUCCUGGAAAUGUUCAAGCAGCAGCAAAUGGAUAGCCAGCACCAACUUGAAGAAAAGGAGGCCCAGUAAUAGUUCAGCCUGUUUCAUAUUUAGUUAGUCAGAUAGACAAAGGUUUAUCACAAGUGAUUUCUCAAAUGUAUUGUUACAUAAAGACUUUUUAAUUGUGGAUAAUAAAAUGAAAUAUCCUGAAAGAAAAUA